AUGGGUCCUCUGUUUGUUGAAUUUUGGCAAACAUCAUUUUUUGUUUUGAAGGAAAAAGCCUGGAAGGCAGCGAAAGGAAUUAACGACGAUGCAUCAAACGAUGGUCCUUACCACAUGAUGCCAAUUAAGGUCCUCAAUGCCAAAACUCAAGUGGUAGCUGGAGUGAACCACAUUUUCGAAGUCUUGUUUGGUGAAUCGUCUUGCAAAAAAGGAGUGAGUUUAUUGUGGCUGAUCACUCAGCGUUCUGGUUCCCUUCAACAAUCUAGCUCUACUAAAAUUUCUACGAUCUGUCUGCAGCUGAGCUGUCAGCAGCGAAUUGCACGCCCCGAGAAGAUUUAUCAGGUCUCAUUGUGGGAGAAACCAUGGCAAAACUUUGAGCAGUUCAACGUGAAGAAACUGAGAACUCUCGCUGAAGGAGAGCAGAUCUAA